AAGACUUUGAUACCAGGAUAUUCUCGCAGGUUAGGAUUUGACAAUGACGCUGCCAGCUAGGAACCGCGACAGUGAGAUGCAUGAGGCUAGCUCGCUGGUUGCGAAUCUAUCUCAACUGAAUAGUGAAACCUUGACAAGUGACUUUGCCGAAUCUUCUAUAUGGGGAAGACUCGGUAAGACCAUUGAUGACAGAUUAUUAAGAGGUUUUACCCCGUUAUUUUUUGCACCGGUCAUGGGGACCGGUGUAACUAGUUCAUUACUUUAUAAUUUUCAGUAUCCUUCGGAAUGGUUGAAAGUAUGUGGAAUAAUCAUGUGGGGGAUAAGUAUAUUUUUAUUCCUAGUUGGGGUAGCUUCAUUUAUUGGUGCAUUGAGUAAGUAUCCCAAGACAUUUGCUAACAUUCAUAAUAAUCCCGAAGAAGCGGUGUUCAUGGGCUGUUUACCAAUGGGUUAUACGACGUUGGUUAAUUUUUUAUACUAUUUGGUUAAAGAUCGUUGGAUUAUAGGUAUUUAUGUUUUAUGGUGGAUAGCUGUUGUCCUUUCACUAUAUACUGCUUGUAUCACCUUUUAUUUUGCAUUGCUUUCCAAAAGAAGACUGGUUAAAAAUCAAGUGACUUCUAAACAAUUCCACUCAACAAUGUUAUUACCAGUAGUUACCCUUACUGUUGCUUCAGCAUCUGGUGGAAUAAUUGUGCCCGAUUUACCUACAACUAAUUUAAAAAUCAUCACUUUAUUAGUUAGUUUUGUAUUAUGGUCAAAUGCUAUAGCCCUCGGGUUAAAUAUUAUUCUUACUCUAUAUUUUCAGAAACUCUUUGCCCAUAAAUCACCGGCUACCGAAUUGGUAUUCACUACUUUUCUUCCAAUUGGUCUUUUGGGUCAAGCGGCUUAUUCGAUUUCUCUUUUCGGUAAAAAUUCGUUUGAUCUUAUCAUGCAACAUCAAUAUACUCUAUUGAACUCUCCAUUUUUCAGUUAUAUGAAGAGUUACAAAUCCGAUAUUGCAAAUGAAUCAAGACUCGUUUGCUUGAUCAUUGGAAACUCAAUAAUUUCCGUAACCACUCUAGCUGCAUUAUACCUUGCAUCUUUUGGUUAUUUCUUGACGUUCCUUGCGGUAACCACUAGUUUAUCCAAAGUUCCUCCAUUUACUAAAAAUCCAAAUCCAAAAUAUACUUACACUCCGUCUUCAAACCAUUUUUGCUCAAGAAUCUUCCAUGGUUCAAUCAAAUUUAAUAAAACUUUUUGGGCAAUGACUUUCCCUCUAGGUACAAUGGCCUUGGGGAAUACUGCAAUAUAUGACACUCACAACUCGUUUAAAGCUUUCAAAGUUAUCGGGGCCUGCUAUAGUGUGGCUGUCAUUGUAAUCGUAGUUGGUUGCCUAUGCGGACUUUUAUACAAGAUUGGUAUUUUACUUUAUUCUAUUAUUAUGGGCGACACGAACCGGAAAGGGAUGAAUGAAAUCGUUUAGCCCUUUUAUUUGUUUGCAUUUCUGCAUAUUUAUAUAUUCUAGAUAUCAUAUAACUUGGGCUUAUGCCUAUUAUGUAUUGAAUUAAUUCUUAAUAUGA